AUGGACCAAGACUCGACGGAAUCUGGAUAUCCCAUGAACGCCAUGGGGCAAUUAAGGUUUGGGGAUCCCUGCAACACGUGCAACAACUUCGACCUGUAUAGCUUCAACAAAGACCCUUACGGCCUUCGAGGAUAUAAAUUCUGCAACGUGGAGCUGGCUGCUUCUAGGGGAUGUACAUUUUGCUCUCUACUAGUCGGUGCCUUCAAAGCCAAACUGCGGGCUUCACCACGACGGCUUACCCCCAAUUGGGAACAAAGCUGGUGGAUUCAUCUUAGUCUGGGAGUGAACAGCGGCCCACCGCCACAAGACAUUGAGAGCUGCGGGUCUGGACUUGGAAUACACACAAUGAAGGCAGCUCUAGCUCCUGAAGACGUUAACGAGUUCCACGGGCCGAAAUUACCUCAUGGCACAUAUCCGUUACUGGAGUUUCAUGUCGCCGCGGAUCCAAAUAGCCAAGCUGCCAGGAGCGGAGAUAUUCGGGGACGGUACAUAGGCGGUAAUGUCCAGUCAGAAGACUCUGUAAAUAUGAUGAAAAAUUGGCUGAAGAUCUGUCUCGCACAUCCCAAGUGCUGCCGGACGAUGUCUGGCAAACGAGUUAUCGAUGCUCAAAAAGCGCCUUUACCAACAAGGUGCGUGGAAGUGGGAGACAGAGGGUUUUGGCUGACAGAGACAAGCUCCAAAUUGGGCAAGUACCUUACCAUCUCUCACCGGUGGACGUUAGCGACGGCACAUUAUUCCACGACAGUUGCGAAUAUCAAUCGUAGGAAACGGAAAGACAGCACCUGGUGGAGGAGACUUCCAAAAGUAUUUCUCGACGUACUAGAACUCGCCCGCCGCCUUGACGUCAGAUAUGUCUGGAUUGACUCCUUGUGCAUUAUUCAGAGAGGAGAUGAAGGUGCGGAUUGGCAACGAGAGGCUACCAAAAUGGCUGGCUAUUACCAGUACUCCCUGUUUACAGUUGCCGCUACGUCUGCAACAGAGGAGCUAGGCCUGUUUCCUCCAAGAAUAUCCAAUACCCCUCGAAUUGCACGUCUUCCGUACUCUGAUAAAGAUGGCUGCCGCCAUGGCCACUUCUACAUCUACUCAUACAACUGGGAAGUAGAUAAGCAAUAUAUCUCUUUUAUCCAGGACAGCGAACUUCUUUCCCGAGGAUGGGUCUUUCAGGAAUGGCUUCUCAGUCGAAGGAUAGUGUAUUUCACACCAGCAGGGAUCUUUUGGGAAUGUGCAGAACAGCGACCUCACAAUGACCGUGGUGAAGUCUCUCAAACACGGUCUUCAGACGAUAAACUGGCAGAUAAUCAGCCGGCGGUAAAGCAGUCUUUUUCAUUGGACGACACUGGCAUUGACCCCGUUUGGUAUCGCAUAAUUGCGGCCUAUUCAGCUUUGUCCUUGACGAAGCCAGAAACGGACCGUGUCGUGGCCCUCUCGGGUAUUUCCAAAGAAUUUAAGACAGCUUUGAUGAGGAAAGGACUGAGACGAAACAAUAUAGCCUCGACGGUGCGAUCCGGCCUGGAGUUCGUCUCGGGACUUUGGUUACCUGACUUGCAUCAUGGCUUACUAUGGGAAUGUCAAUUUUCCGGUAGCAAGGUUCAACGCAUCCCUGGUUUCCCAAGUUGGUCUUGGACAUCCGUUUUAUGUGCUGUGGAGUGGGACGAGAGACAAAAGCCUCGGUCUUGGGCGUCUAAGUUACAUGCUGUGCUGUUGGACGGAGAGCGUAAGUCUCGUGUCAAACCUGAAGCCGAAUUGAUUGCAUUGGGAACAUCUGAAGGCGGCACCUUCUCCAUGGAAUUACUGAGGAAUUCGACUGAGGACCUCAUAUACUCCCCUCCGAAACUGUUUGAUAUUGAUAACUGUUUCGUGUCUCUUCACAUGAGGGCCAAGAUUAUGCAGGUCUUAGUACGAGGUCGCUUGCAUAAUGUACUUGAUGCUGAAAUUAUCUCUGCAACGUCAGGCCAUCACAAAAAGUCGAAUAAGUCUGCCUGGAGAGCCGUUUCCUCUACUCUCCGGCCCACCGAGAUAUCUGGCUGGGCUUCGAUUGAAGACAUUGACUACCAAGUCGACUCAUUAUUUGAGGGAGGGCGCGAGAUGUGCGUUCUACACAUUUCGACAGCCCCUAGGGUUCCUGGUGGCUAUGGUCUCGGUUAUCUCACUCUUUGGCAUAGAGUAUUCAACGUUCUCUUUGUGAGGGAAACACACGGGCGAAGAUACGAGCGACUUGGCGUUGGCAGGAUUUUUGGAAAGGAAUUUGAGAAGCAACUUCAUGGGACGACGGCUUGCGAUGUUGAGCUCUUUUAA